GCUCUACUAAUCGGCGGAUCGAGAUGGACAGAAGAGUGGCUUUUCUUAUCUCGCCAACCUUUCUCGACUCAUUAUCAUGGCCCAGCCAGGAAACGACGCCGAGCACAUAUCUUGGCUGCUGCUCGCUGUAGAAGAAUGAGUCCCAAAUCUUAUACGCAGCCUUGAGUCUUGACUAGUACAUAUUACUACCAGUAAUCAAAGCCAUCCUUACUUGGUUACUUCACAUACCUAACCCUCUACUAGUUACAUAGUAGGUAUAUAUAGAAAGGCAAGAGCCUGCUUCUACAUCUUGAUGCCAUAUCCCCAGGAACUACUAUCGUCAAGUUUGAAGGCAGCCACGCGCCUCUAUACCUAACACGCCUCAAAACUACCUAUCUACCUAGGCUUACCUACCUAGUACAUAAGUGGACAACAUGUCGAGGCAUACAUCCGAGCUCGAUGAGAAGAAAGAGCCAGAGCUUGGAGGGCUAGACGACGAUACCAUUGCCGCAGUUGAUCAUGGCGUGGAAGUUAAUGCUGCUGGUUACAAAGAUCAGUUGAAACGACAAUAUGGCAUUUGGGGAAUCGUCGGCAUUGCGCUUACUGUCGACAAUGCUUGGGUAGCCUUGGGCUCUUCCAUAUCGGUUUCCAUCCUCAGUGGAGGUCCUCCAGGUCUGAUUUUCGGUCUCAUGGUAGCAGUUUUCUGGUAUUCCUUCGUUGGUCUAAGUCUAGCUGAGCUUGCCUCGUCCGUCCCUACUGCUGGUGGUGUCUACCAUUGGGCAACUAUCGCAGCUGGUCCCAGAUGGGGAAGAAUGGUUGGCUUCUUUACAGGAUGGAUCAACUUUUAUGGCUGGCUUUUUGGGUUGGCGGCACUGAUCCAAAUCACUGCCAACAUCUUGGUCCAGAUGUAUGCCACAUACCAUCAGGAUACCUAUAUCCCAGAUUCCUGGCACGUCUAUGUCACAUACGUUGGCGUUCUGUGGAUGGCAACUCUAUUCGUUAUCUUUGCGAAUAGGCUUAUCCCAUACACCCAGAACUGCGGUAUGUUCCUCGUUAUUGCAGGAGGUAUUAUUACCAUAAUUGUUAUUUCGGCAAUGCGACCUGAAAGCCAUGCUUCGAACCAUUUCGUAUGGAAUUCUUUCGAGGAGAAUAACUUAACUGGUUGGUCUGGCGGCGUCGCAUUUUUCCUGAGCGUACUGAACGGCGCGUUUACUAUUGGCACCCCGGAUGCCGUCACCCAUAUCUCAGAAGAAUUACCGCGACCAAAGAGAGACUUGCCAAUUGCCAUUGCACUGCAAAUCGGGCUAGGAUUCCUCUACGCCUUUUUCUUCGCCAUUGCAUUAUCUUAUGCCAUCACCGACCUCUCAGCACUACAAGGCGGUAUUAAUACUUACCCACUCGCGGUCAUUUACCAACAGGCUACGGGUAGCCAUACUGCGACAUUUUGUCUCUUGCUCAUCCUAUUGCUCAGCAGUCUAUGCUGUUGUGUCGGAACAGUCCUUACGAACUCCCGCACUUAUUGGGCUUUGGCUCGAGACAAUGCUGUACCGUUCUCUGGCCUUUUUGGCCAAGUCAACGAGACACUCAGCUGCCCGGUUUACUCUACCCUGUUCGUAUCGGUUGUCGCUACCGCUCUUGGUGCAAUCCCACUUGCAAGCUCAUCUGCCUUCUUGGCUCUUACCGGAUCCUUCAUCGUUUUGACAACAGUGUCAUAUGCGAUUCCUUUCACCGCAAAUGUGUUAACGGGCCGGAAGUAUUUCCCUCCUGGACCAUUCAACCUAGGAAAAUAUGGAUAUGCAGUUAACAUAACUACCGUAUUGUUCAUUACCUUGUUUGAUACCUUUUUCUGCUUUCGUAAGUCUUCUAGAUUCAUCCACACGCAAGUAACAUUGGCUAACUUCUUCAUUAUAGCCUAUGAGAUGCCCACGACGGUCGAGGCCAUGAAUUACAACAGCGUGAUACUUGUCGGCACUGUUGGUCUCUCGGCGUUAUGGUGGGUCCUACACGGAACACGCCAUUACCCAGGACCUAAGGUCAUGCAAUUGUAUAUCCACGAUGAUACAGUCGUACACAACGGAGUCCGCCCAGAGGCGGCUGCUGCGCCGAUAGAAAAUAGAAACGGAGAGAAAAAAAGUAAAUAAUCUGGGGAAGGAUAAGAAGCAAAAGUUACAAGCUGAAGAUGUUGGUCAUGGGACUUUCUUCUUCAGGGGCUGAGUUGAGCCAGCCCAGUUCCAGGAAAGGAAUAAUAUGAUACCUCAUAGAAGUUCGUCAUGGCUCGGAUAACUCAUGACAACUCAUUAUUUUUAUUUUAAAUUUUUUAAGAAUUCGCUUGCUACAAAUAGAACAAGCCUAUAAAAUCAAGUUACAAAAUUCACAUGUAUAGAGAUGGGGAAUCUCGGGGAGGGCUGCGCCGACUUCAUGCAUGCCAUAUGCGGAAGCACCCCUGAGCCUCAUAGUCCAGUGGGAGACAAGCGACUCUCCCUAUGCGGAAGCUUCAUUGUUCCUUUAACUAGUCCUUAGAAGUCUAGACCCUGUUUGAGUUAAAUAACUACAGCAAGGGUUUGUGCAUAUAAAUACAAC